AUGAAGAAGACUACAGCACUAUUAUUAACUACAGCAUUAAUGCUUCCUCGUACCUUUGGGAUGAAACAAUCCUGGAUAUUUACCAAUGAAAAGCGUCCGUAUUUUUUCAUUGAACGUUUUGGAUUUGGUCCAAAUGGUCACAUGGAUGUACGUGUAUCGAAUAUUGAGAUCAAGAAUACGACCAUGCUCGAGUCAUCUCAACCACUACAAGCAGGACUAUUAUUUGUCCAUCAAGAGGAUAUAUGGGAGACCAUGGCGUUAUUAAAUGACGUCAACGAGGAUGACGAGUUGGAAGAUUCACUUACAAGUCCAGAAACUUUGGAUCGAUGUGUCCUUAAUUUAUGUCCAGAUGAUGUAUGGAUCAAUUUUACCGAUAUCCAAACAUGGCACCUUAGUCUCAGUGUUCAACUCAUGAGAGUGGAUCAUGGACAAGGAAAUGACAGUCGAGUCAAUGGACCAUUGGAAACUGGAUUUUAUUAUCUCUUUUAUGCCCAAUGUCCCCAUGGAAUUGAUGUGUCUUUUCAUAUGGAUGCAUUGUUCACGAAUGGAGAUCAAGAGUUUUUAUCUAUUGGUGAUUCACCAUUGCCACUUGUGUACUUGAUGAUGAGUGUAUUCUUUCUAAGUGCUGCAAUCAUUUGGUGGUCAUGUCUUGUACGACAUUUACAACAUGUUCAGCGAGUUCAUUGGCUCAUGGCGAUACUAGUAUCAGUCAAGACUAUUGCACUCUUUGCAGAAGCCAUGCGUGCAUACUAUAUGAAACGUAAUGGUGAUACACUUACGGCUUGGACUGCAGUCACGUAUACAUUCAUGAGCCUUAAAGGGAUUUUAUUAUUUUCCGUACUGAUGCUCAUUGGUACAGGAUGGUCACUAUUGAAACCUCAUUUGUCACAGAAGGACAAGUCAGUGCUAUCAUUGGUACUAGUGCUACAAGUUGUAAGCAAUGUGGCUCAGAUUUUGGAAGCAGAGACGGCAGUGGGUACACGAGCUUGGGUAAGCUGGCGAGAAAUUUUGAUUGUUGCAGACAUAGCUUGCUGUGCUGCAGUGUUGCUACCUAUUGUAUGGUCGAUUCGCCAGCUACGAGUUGCUGCUGCAACUGACGGCAAGGCCUUUGCCAACCUACAGAAGCUGACGCAAUUUCGGUCAUUCUACCUUUUCGUCAUUUGUUACAUCUAUAUGACUCGGUUGGUGCUACAGCUCCUAAAGGCUAGCUUACCCUAUGACGCGACCUGGGUGGCUGUAGCAGUGAGCGAGCUAGCUGCUUUGAUUUUUUUCACCACGACUGGCUAUCGCUUCCGUCCGUUGCCGCUCAAUCCGUAUUUGGAAGUACCUAUGCACGAGGAUGAUUUGGAGGAAUUUGCGCUUGAAGAUGACGAAGACGACUUGGAUGUUCGCAGCAUUCAGCGCAGCGAUAUUCACAAGUUUGCAUACGGUGCGCCAGUUAAAACCAAGGCAAAUUGUUCGAUUGAGAGACAGCACUGUUAG